AUGGCGUCCCGUCCUAUCUUUACUGCCACGCACCCCCGUGCAUGCUCUACGGCCUUUGAGCGAGUCUUCAUGGCCCGCCGCGAUAUCCUAGAGAGUGUCCACGAGCCUUUUGGAGAUGCCUUUUACUACGGUCCUGAAAUUCUCAGCGAUCGCUUUAGAAAUGACACAACCACUCGCGAACAGAGUGGUUUCUCUCACAAGACCUAUAAGGACGUCCUUAGCGAGGUCAUGGAUGCGGGCAAAGAUGUUAGUCAAUUUCCCCUCCCUCAUGUUCAUGCGAUUAUUCCAACUCCCCGAACUCCCCGCCACAACCCCCACGUCUAUGAUGAGGGGGAACGACACACCAAAGAAUAUGGCAAGCGAAUCUUCAUCAAGGACAUGGCUUACUACCUCAUGGCCCCAGACAGCAAGCCUACCAAGGUUGCGCCGUCUCUGGGCGAGGAAGAGCCUGGUAACCCCACCGUGUUACCAUUAGAGGUCUUGAAGCAAUUCCAAUUCACUUUCCUUAUCCGCCACCCUCGACGAGCUAUUCCCUCGUACUAUCGAUGCACAGUGCCACCUCUGGAUGAAGUCACAGGUUUCUAUGAAUUCAUGCCAAAUGAGGCAGGCUACAGAGAGCUCGUGCGCUUCUUUGACUUUCUGAUCAAAGAGAACAUUGUCGACAAGGACAACCUUGUCGUCAUUGACGCUGAUGAUCUUCUCGAUAACCCCGAGAAGACCAUCCGCCUUUACUGCGAGAAGACUGGCAUUGAUUUCAAGCCCGAGAUGCUCGAGUGGAACGAGGAAGACUGUUCUUACGCUACAGCUGCCUUCGAGAAAUGGAAUGGCUGGCACAACGACGCUAUCAAGAGCUCAGCUCUCAGGCCUCGCACUCAUCACCAGAAGACGUUAACGGUCGAGAACGAGGACAAGGAAUGGACUGCCAAAUUUGGUCCCGAGGCGCAGAAGGUGAUCCGCAAGACCGUUGAGGACAACAUUGCCGAUUACGAGUACCUGAAGCAGUUUGCGCUGCAAAUCUAA